AUGAAGACGAUUGCCCUCUCGCUCAUGCUCGCUGCCACGAGUGCCACUAGUCCUACUCCUCUGGAGUCGCGUGGUAGCCAGGUCCAGGGCUUCGAUAUCUCCAGCUACCAGGGAACAGUCGACUUUCCCGGGGCAUACAGUGCCGGCGCACGCUUUGUCAUGAUCAAGGCGACCGAGGGCACCACAUACACCGACAAGACCUUCUCCGAUCAUUAUGAGGGAGCCUCCUCGGCUGGAUUGAUCCGUGGAGGAUAUCACUUCGCUCACCCCGACAGCUCCUCGGGUGCCACCCAGGCCGAAUACUUCCUUGCUCAUGGUGGUGGCUGGUCCAACGAUGGCAAGACCCUCCCUGGCAUGCUGGACAUUGAAUACAACCCGUCUGGCGCAACUUGCUAUGGAAUGAGCCAGUCUGCCAUGGUUGCCUGGGUCACGGACUUUGGCGAAACCUAUCAACGCACGACUGGUCGUUACCCCAUGAUUUACACGACCGCCGACUGGUGGAAUACCUGUACUGGCGGCAGCACGGCGUUCAGCAAGGACUAUCCCUUAGUGUUGGCUCGAUACAGCAGCUCCGUGGGCACCAUCCCCGGGGGCUGGUCGUAUCAGAGCUUCUGGCAGAACGCGGACAAGUAUACCUAUGGGGGCGAUUCGGACCUUUGGAACGGCAGUGAGGCUUCUCUCACGAAAUUUGCUCAGGGUGCUUGA